AGUUCUGAAACAAUGUUACCACUCUGUACUCGUACGAUUCCCUCAAAAGAGAUACAUCGGGUACAACACGCUGCAGCUCAACGGUAACACGUUAAUAAACUAAUCAACCCUCUACGGUGUCGUUUAAAGUUUAGCGUAUGCGCGGCGCGAGAUGCGUUACGCCAAUCGCACCUAUCACCUUCUAAGCUUCGGCAUAUGACGAAGCGUAUAUAAUAAGAUAACCGUCCUUGUAACGAGAUUAUCAUUGUGCGCGACGCGCUACUGACUCUCCUAAGGUAGCUCGCUGCUGACAAGAGACAAUUAUCUUUCAAACGCCGCGCACGAUCGUCGCGCGAUGGCGAUAUACUCGUAUAUUGGCGAUGGUUCGGCUAACGGUAAAAGAUGCGUCCUAUUACUGGCCAACGAGUGGAAAAUAACACCGUUAUCGGUUAUAAGUUACAGCUUGCUCCAGUUUUAAGUCGUUAUUAAAGACGCCUCCUCCUUGCCGCUCGUAACGAGGCGCGACAGAUAAGGCUAGGUGCAUGAUAAAACACCGAUGAACGCGACAAUUAUUGCGUUUUAUUUUAAUUUUCGAAAUGCAAUCUUCGAUCUAUGUAUCGUAAUCUAUGCCGAUCGUCAUCGCGCUCGGGGUAAACUAAUAUUACGUACGUUUUUUGCAUUGUCAUUGAUCUCGUAAUCAGAAUGUUGUUAAGUGAUUUUCGAUAAUCCUUUAGCAUGUUGUCUCGAAUGAGAUAUGGUGAUUUAUAGAAAGCGAGAGAAUAAACGAACAAUCUCAUAGUAAUAUUGAUGAUCAAAUAAACGAGACUCUAUUCAGAAAAGAUUCCACUCUCCGUGGAGCCAUGACAAGUUUAUCACGCGCAACUAAAGAUCGCAUAUGGCACAUAAUUUUUCAAUCACGUUAUACACCACACAUUGUGCGAUAUCGUGCGAUAAACGUUUCCACAAGGUUCUCGCGCGAUUCUUCCACGUGUAAUCGUUGCUUGGAGCGUGAAAAUUAGAAAAAAAGAACCUUGGUCUCGGAAAGCUUACGCACGUUUCUGACGUCAUAAUUUUGGCCUAUCGAUGCGUCUCCGUCUCCUUUCGACUUAUUUGCAUCUCGAUGGCAACGCGCUCAUUAACGCGACGCUUUCGAAAGUUCGCGGCCGCAGUUCUCUUUUUAUUACCGGCAUAAAUGACUUCAUUCGCGUGACUCAUCGUCUCGCGUCUAGCGUACAGAGUAUACCAUAAGCGUACUAUAAUCGCUGAGACUGACUGACGCUGAAAAAUCAUACGACGUGGAAUGGGCGAUUUCGCGAGUUCCCGAAGCGCGACCAAUGUCGGCAGUGUCGCUUUCCAAGCAUUGGACCGCGGACGCACUCGGGGCUCUCCGGGCUCUCCCGAAACCCUCCAGACUCUCCGGCUGUCAGAUCUGACGAUUUUAAGCGUCCGAUUGCACAAGAACCACUUUACGAGCGUACUUUUACAUUACCACUCGAGGGACGGCGCGCGACAAGCUUGACGAGUCUAUAAAAUUCAACAGGUUAUUCGUCAAUAACCAGCCUAGUCCCGUAGCUACAUCGUUAAUAAAAAUUAAUAUUUCUACCUAUCUAAUAACGUGUUUUUAUUCUGAUGAAAUUCGACUGAUCGAUACGUCAUCGAAGGAAUCCCUCGUCUUUUUUUUUUUUUAUCUUUCAACGAGAUGAGGUAUUUCCUAACCGAUCGAAUCACUCGCCACAUCACUCACGAGAGACAUUUAUUCGUCAGAGUGUUAUAGCGCGCGUCACUUCACGAUGAGUAAUAGCGUAACGCAAUUCUAUAACUCGGCAUCACCGCGCGAGUAAGGUUCACGAUAACUUUGUACGCAAAUAAUAUUUUUUCUCUUUAUACCAGAGAGAGAAUAUCAAGUGAUUCGUUGAAUUAUACUUUUACGUCUACUAUAAGCCUCUUUUCUUCGUCGAUGGACAACGCGUCUGUAUUGUAUCCUAACGACUGUCAGGCGGUCGGCGUUCCUUGCAAUUACGUGGUCAUUGGCAGCGUGUAAUUACGUCACUAGAGACAGAAAGGCUUCGAACGUAUCUAAAAGGCGAGGCGGUUUCUAGUGUGAGAAAUUCGUAUUCCUGAAUAAGGAGUUUACGUAACUCAAAGCGGCAACGCGCGCGCCGUGGUGAGGGAAAAACAAACGGCGCGGCGCGGCGCGGUGCACGGCUAUUUUACACAAAUUCGUUUCGUGAAUCUAGCACGGGAGAAAGUGUUGCCUCUGCUGACCGUUUCAUUAGCAUUGUACACGUGUGACGACACGUCGUCGGUGGACACUGUGUAAGCCUUCUUCUCCCAGCUUACGCGCCAAAGAGCAAAGACCAUCUAUCUUCGUGGCUCGAUAUUAAAGGAAAAGAGUAUGCGUUUCUGAUGUCAUUGAUCGGUUACUGCUGAUCCUGUUAGGGUUAAGGCCAAACUCGCGGCGAUAGGUCUUCCGUGAAGGCUAAUAUCGACGACGACGGCCGAUCGCCGCGCUCUCUCGAGCGUUGCGAAAUACCGUCGUCGCGCAAUCUCGAUAGCGGAUCGAAAUCGAUCGACAUUUGAAUUUCCACGGUUGCACAGCAAUAUGAAACGCCGCAGCGGCCUUUGUCCGACUUUCACCGGCUCCCGGAGUCGAGUGAUUUUUCUUCGACGACCGCGUUGCUACCGGUAUCGACGAUAAAGUCGAGCUUAAGGAAAUGUCAUGGCUGCGCAAAUCUUGACCGACUUGAUAUCUCGCACGGUCGCGUCUUACGUCAGCGUGGACCUACAUCUUACGAAUUAAGAUAUCGAAUUGCGGCACAAAAACUUUGCGAGUCACACAGUUCUCUCGUCACCGCUUCGCGCUUUCAAGACACUUUCAGCUCAAUUCUGUUACGUGCCACGAUCUCUCGUUCUACAGAUAUAUAUUUAUAUUUUCAAAGGUUUCUUACAGGAGAAGGCGAUCACAAGUUUUUAAAUUUUUAUAUUUAUUAAUAAUUUAAAAAAAAAACAGGAUGUCUGAAGCUGGGAUUUGAGAUUCUUUAUACGGGCACGAAAGACUUUUACGAUAAAACGCAAUUUAAAGCUGUGUUUGCACUUCUGCUUCUCCUCUCGUUAGAUAAAUUUCACUAUUAUUUCCGUAUGCGAAAUCAUAAAUUUUUAUAUAAGUUCCAAACUUCUUUUGUCCUUUUUUAACGCUCUCUAUAUUCUCUUUCAAAACGGUCAACCAAUUUACCAUUGUACCAUUAAUAAGUGUGGCAUAUUUUCCAAGAGAAUGUUAUUGGCGAAAGAAAACUUGGCAAAUUUUUCAUGAAACUUGGGGAAAAAAUUAACUAAACGUUUCUUUCUUUGUCUGCUUACAGAUUUGACGAUACGUUGAUGAGAAGCGGCGAAGCGUUACAUCCGAAAUCCAUCAUGUUUUUCUUAGAAGCGACGGCUGCUUCCGCCGGAGAUCCGAGAGAAGAAUCAUCGUUCGAUUCCGAGACGAGUUUACCCCUUACGGCUCUCGCCUUGGAAGAUGCGAUUUACAAAGGAGAAGGAAACGCCAAUAUCGUUAUCGCGCUGCCAGACGACCACACGGUAAUACGAUUCCGGAAGUCGUUGCCGGGCGAGGUUUCACCGGAUGGCGGCAGAACACGCGUGCAACGGGAGGUGGGGUACGCCAGAAACGUGGUUUCCUGUUUUUUAGGCUCUUAUAUGCAGAUCCCCGAAAUCGUUCGUUACGACGCGGCCGACAUAGCCAAAUUGUCGGACGCUGUCCGCCCUCUCCGACCAGAGAAACGCCGACAUAAGGAAGUCAUGGACACAUACGCCUUGAAGUUUCCAGAUUAUACGCUUUUGGAUUUACAAUUGGAUCGUGAUCAAACCAUUUUCCGAAGCCCUUCGACGUUUUGCGUGGAGAUAAAGCCGAAGCAGGGAUACUUACACGAGAUGGAGCAAAAGUUUUCAAGAUGUCCAUUUUGUCUCAACCAAUAUGCCAAGUUGCGGAAAAAGAGUAUCACCGCUCGCAGCAAUUAUUGUCCGUUCGAUCUGUUUUCUGGGAUGAAGACGCGUAUGAAAACCGCCAUAAAGGAGCUUUUGAAAUCGCCGCAGAACAAUUUGAAAAUCUUUAAAAAUGGCUUUGUCGUCUAUGAUGAAACGUCCUCACCGAACGAUCUCGGGAACGUGCUGGACGAGUGGUUUCGGAACGCGACGACGGAGCGUGGCGAACGAGCCGGUCACAUUGACGAGUUCUGCAAUUUGGUUUGCGCCGCCCUUACGCAGCCUAUCGCACAAGAGCAGCUGAAACUGCCAGCCAUUUCCCCUUCACAUAAUUUUCUCGUACCCGCGAAUCAAGCUCCAACGACGUUUGGCGUUCCACUACGCACGAUCGCGAAAGCCGAAUGGUACCUUCGCCUUGCGGGAAAGAAAUGUAAUUUUGUUGGCAACAAGUUGCCAAAGAAUUCAGUGCUGGAGCGAAUGUGGAAUAUGCAGCGAUUAUCUUACGUGGACAUCAAUUAUAUUUACAACAUUUACUCCAAAUGUGCAUCGCUACUAAAUGAUGAUAUGAUAUAUUCUGACUUGACAAGAGUAAAUAAAAUUUGUAAUGUUUUUAAUGUUUCACUCGAUAAACCUAAGAAGGCAGUACAAAAAAUAGAAAUCAUAAAGGAACACUUUCAAACGCUUCGUAUUACACAAGAUUAUGAUGAUGAUGAUAAUGAUGAUGAUGAUGAUGAUGAUUAUUUUAAUAGAAAUUGUAAUGCCAGUUCAGAAUGUAUCUUAUCUGCUAAUACUGACAGAACGUUCGUAAACGAUGGUCUUGUAUCGCAAACAGAAAUUAGUUCCAACCUAGAUUCGUGCCAACCACUUUAUGGAAAUAAGAGCCUGCAAAAAACUAGCAAUGAUGAUGAGCGAAAGGCAAAUAUGCAGAUUACCGCCGAACAUUUGUCAGCGUUGCAAAAUUACCUUUUAUUUGUCACGGCCAGAGAUUGUUCGAUAUUAAUGACCUUCCGCGAAUUGCAUCCGAAAGAUGCGUCAAAGAUGCCCGUGGAAAAUAUAAUAAAACUUUCGGAGCAACAUUACUUUUUAAGUAGUGUCAGAGUCUCGGACUUGGAUCCGAAAAGCGUUCAUUCCAUCGAAAAGCAUCAACAACGAGAUGCGAAUAUUUUUAAGUCUGUGAUUUCUUUAUUGGAAGAAGAUAUUCUUUUUACGAAUAGAUAGUUAUCUAAAAGAGAAAAGCGCUGAUACAGUAUUUAAUAUAUAAAGAAUCCGUUUAGAACAGAGAAAGUAUGUGCACUUAAUUGACGAUACGCUUACCGAUCAUGAAGCAUGCCAUUACUUAUGCGAAUAUGUAUAUGUGGCGUUUGUAAGAAAGAUAUUGAUGCUAUCAUUCAUUAAUCACUGUGUUAAAUUGAACAUUUCAUUUCCGCAUGCAUAAAAAUGAUUCAAUGAACAAACAUCUUUUAGAAUUUUACUUAAUUUUUCUAUUUUUAAGACAUCUACAAACAAUAAGUAGAAAUAUUACAAAUGCAAAUUUUAAUGACUUGUUGAUAUUUCUUUGCAAACUAUUUUAUAAUAUAAUGUUAUUGCUCACAUUAUAUUUAUUAGUGCCAUAUUGCGAUUGUGUGCAUAAAUUUUUCAAAACGAGACAAGAGAUUUAUGUAAAAUGAUAAAAAUGUUAUAAUAUUAUAAGAUUUGACGUUCGAUUUAAAAUAACUAUUUUGCUAUGUACAAGGACAUCUCGUGUUAAAAGACUGACUUUUAUAUGAAAAUGAAAUUAUCACAUUGUUCAAUUUAAUAUUAUUAAUGUUUCUUAUUUAGAUUAAAUAAGGAUUGUGAAACAAAAUAUCUGACAAAGACACAGCAUAUAGUACAAAUUUAUAACUUAUAUCUUAUGAAAAUAUAAGUUAUGUCUUGUGAAGAAUUAAAUAAUUUGUCAUAAAGAUAAAAAAAUUAAUAUUUUGAAAUAUCUAAACAAAAGUAUUAAAAAUUUUUUAUAUAUUCUUUAUAAUCUGCACGCAAAGAGAAUUAUUAAAAAAAAUAUUUUUUGCUGAUCAAAAUUGAGAUCAACAUUUUUAAAUUUUUAACAAUGAUGAAAUUCUUUAUUUUAUAUAUAUUUUGUAAGCCAUUUAACUUAUUGCUGUGACUUUCUAGUGAUGUAAGAUUUUUUUCAUUAAAAAAAUGAAUGGAACUAGUCAAUGAUAAAGAAAAAGCAAAUAUUUCAAAAUUGUUAAAUAGACAAAGAUAAGAAAUUGAAAGAAGAAAGUCUUUUAAAAUUGGGUGAUUAUUCUAGUGAUUAUCUUAUAAUCAUAAUGCCUAGUACGGGUGAGUGUUGUGUGAUAAUAGUUUUAAACAAUACGAUGAAUAUUAUUUAUCUUAUACACGUUAUUAUUAUGUUUGUGUCUCUCAAACGUGAGUGUCAAACAUUUUACGUUAUUUCUUAAUAAAUAUUUAUGUAAAAAAUGA